AGACAUUAAUCUACUUCAACCACUUCACUGUGGUGUGACGAUGAACUUAUUCAACUCUGCUCUCGGGAGGAACAUCACCUUUGUGCGUCCUGCAUAUUUCAUAAUAAGUGGUUUUUCAGGCAUCCCAAAUAUCAAGUAUUACUAUGUGUUUCUCCUCUUUGUUUACAUUGUGUCAGUGAUAGGAAACAUAGCUGUGAUGGUGUUGAUAAUCCUGGAUCAUAGUCUGAGAACUCCUAAAUAUGUUGUGGUUUUUAAUCUGGCUUUGGCGGACCUGUUUGGCAGCUGUGCUCUGGUGCCAAAGCUUCUUGACAUCUUUCUGUUUAACAAUCCACAAAUCCCCUACGGUGACUGUUUGGCUUUCCUUGCCGUCUGCUACACCGCUCUAGCAGUGCAGUCUCUUAACUUGGUUGCGCUCUCCUAUGACAGACUGAUAGCUAUCAUCUACCCACUGCACUAUCAUGUUAAAGUGACCCACAGGUUCAUGCUGUCUUUGGUUGCUUUUAUCUGGGCAUUUGUUAUUUUUGCUGUUAUCUUCAACAUUGGUCUUUUUACAAGACUAUCAAUUUGUAAAUCUGUAGUUAUUAGAAGCUAUUUCUGUGACCAUGGUCAGAUGUUCAGACUGGCCUGCAAUGACUUCACACCCAGCCUUGUGAUUGGUGUACUCGUAACUGUUCUUUUUGCAUGGUUCCCCUUGGUAUUCAUCUUAUGUAGCUACCUUUAUAUUGGUUAUGCACUGUCUAAAAUAUCCUCGGUUCAAGAGAGGCUGAAGGCCCUUAAAACAUGCACAUCUCAUAUUUCAUUAGUGGCGAUUUAUUUCCUUCCAAUUUUGAUCACAUUUUCUUUGAUGGAUAAAAUACACCCUAAUGCCAGGAUCAUAAACCUGUCUCUGACGUCUGUGUUUCCAGCGAUGUUGAACCCAAUCAUUUAUGUUCUGCAGACACAAGAAAUUAGAAAAUCAAUGAAGAAGCUGUUAAGGAUCAGAGUGCAACCCAAAAUUACAACCAAGAAAGUCGACAUAAUGUGAAUGUUGAUGUUUGUGGCACUAU